AUGUCUUUAAAAAGUGUUCUAAAAAAGAAGUUUAAGAUAAAAAACCCAAUUGCUGCAAUGAAGAAAAAAAAGAAUGAAUCUAAGAAUGUUCUUUAUACACCAUCAGCAGAUACUUACAUUAAAAUUGAUACAGAUAAUAUUAGCAAAGAACGUACCAUAACUGAAAAAGAGCAGAACCAAAACGCAGCUCCUGAAAAUCUAGCUAAUGGUGAGAAUGGGGUUGAAAAAAAUAUGAAUAUUGAUGGUUUGAUCAAAUCAAUAACUGACAUAAAACGCAAUAAGAAAAAACGUAAAUCUACAGAUAAUGAUGCAAAUCUUGAAUGUGAUGUACCAGUAAAAAAGAGAGUAACUUUUGCAGCUGAUGUAAAAAGUGAAAAAGAUGAUCAGAAAAGUAGUGCUAGCAAUUUGAAACUAAUUAGCUUAAACAAACGGAAAAAAUUGAAUUAUAUAAAGAAGUUGAAGGCAAAAAAAAAUAAACAAAAAAAUGCAAAAAAAUGUGAAGAAAAUACUACUGCCAUUAGUACACCCAGACAAGAACGAGCCUUGGAGUAUUUAAUGCAAUGGAAAAAUGACCGUACAAAUUGGAGGUUCAAAAAAAUUUAUCAACUUUGGUUGAUUCACUUCACUUAUGAUCCUCUGAAGGUAUCUAAAGAACAUUUUGACAUUUUAGUAGAAUACCUUCAAACUAUCAAGGGUCAAAUUCGCAGUAUAAUUCUUCAAGACGCGAAUAAAGUCAUUUCAGAAUUUUCAUCUUCUAACGAAGGCCAACAGGAAUUAAAUUCAUCACAAGAAGUUAAAUAUCAACGAGCAAGGACCAUUAUUCAAAUGUUUGACUGA